CACAGCAUUUUUACUCACUUGUAUCGUACAAGCAAGAAUACAAGCCUUCUUUUGUUAUUACCACGUACCUGGACUGUAUUAAUAUAAGAGAGUAGGUAACAUUCAUGAGCAGUAUGGCUGAGACAGAGCAAGUGCCCCUGUUGGAAAAUGUCAAUGAAAUGGCUCUAUUUCCUCCUCCUUCAUAUCAACCCAUGGCCAGUCUGCCAGAAGAGACAAAGACAAAGGCAGAAGUGUAUGAAGCAGACAAAGUGAUUCCUCUUCCAUCAUAUGACCAGUCUCAGAAGUACGAGCAAGAUGGAGUGCUGGAAAUGGAGGAGGAUGAAGAACCAGAACCUACACAGAGUCUGUCUGUUAUGUCCAAACCUCCAGGAACAUGCCUAGACUUCACAAUGUUUUUCUUAUUGUGCUGUUUCUUUGGACUGGUUGGUUUCAUCUUUUCCAUCUGUUUCGCAUUUACCAUUGCUGCUGAGUCCGGGGCUCUGACAGGUCUCGGACUGGCUCUCAUCUUCAAGCUCUUUGCGUUUGAGACCUAUGACACUGUGAAUUUCUAUAAUGGAAGCUGUGAGAUGUACUAUGGCACAACAGACCACACCAAGGAGCAGUGUAUGAAGAGACUGUUCUACCUAACUCGUCUGCUUUUCUGGUUCAUGGGAAUAUUUGGAUUGUACCUCUUCAUCAAAGGGUUUCACCGAUAUGCAGCCUCACGAAAACUACGUAUGCAGCUGGUAAUCCAAUCCCCAAGUGGUUCUGUGGACAGCAGCUAAACCAGACAUUCUGAAUGAACAAUGCAUGUAACUGCAGUACAUUAGUGUAUACAUGAUAUCCCUCAGUCUUCUGUUUACAUAUAAUUAAAAUACAUGUGCUAUUUGAAGCUCAGAAUAAUUUUCAUUGUUAGCAUAAA